AUGAUGGCAGAACCUAGUCCGAUCACGAAUGAUGUACCGGAUACCCAGCCAGAGGCAUCAAACACGACGGCAGCAGAGUCGAGCGAGACGCAGGCUGAGUCGACGGCUUCAGCAAGUCAACAAGUGCCACCAGCAGCGUGUGGUCAAUGCGGCAAAUCGGCAGACUCACUCAAGCAGUGCAUAAAAUGCCACAGCGUAGCCUACUGCAACAAGGAGUGUCAAAAGGCACAUUUCAAAGCACACAAAAAGGCAUGUCCCAUCUUGGCGCAAGAGUACGUAAAACGGCAUGAGCCCAAGAUGGCAAGUCGGUCGAGCGGGGCAGCAAAGGGAGGGGCGCGGGAGAGAGGUCUGCAGAAGUGGCAGUCAAGCAAGCAUGGCAGCCGAGAUUCAAGCCGCCAGUCGAGUCGAAGCAGCAAGGCAGAGCAGGCCCGAAAAGGAUGCGGCGCUCUUGUCCAGACUAUUAGUGGGCUGCAGCUGCAUGCGUGCGAUGCAUCAGAUAGAGGCGCUAGCUGGUGUAGGGGCAGAGGGCCUUGCCGUGCACACGAGUGGAGGGAUAGUUACAUGACAGGUAGCGUGACUGUACUGCGCCUUGGUCGCCUGCAAACAUCGCAAUCGACGUUUGCCAUGACCGAUCCCAAUCCCCGGACCCAAGUCUUUGACCAGCUCCAUGCUGACACCACCACCACUGCCUUUCUCCCCUCCCAACUCCCUUCCCAACCCCACGAACCCCUUCCCAGCUCCAUCCCACAAACGCCGGAUGAAGCAGCACAAGCGGGUCCCUGCUCCGACACCGUGGUUCCCGACGCUUUUUCUUCAUUUCUCGACGCUUCCCUGCCGCAGCCCUUCCCGCUGCCUUCCGCCUUACCCCAGCCUCUCACCACGCCCAUCACCGAAGAUCGUCCACAUGUCGAUCUGACCCUCAAUUUACCUCAAAGUAGUCUUUCGCUUCCUCCACCAACAAUAAUAAAGGCAAAGCAUAAUUUACGCCUGCCCUCGUUCCAUGUCCUGGGUAUUGCCGCGCCCCACCCUGACCAUAUUCUGGCCCAGCCUGAUCUGCCCUUCUCUCCACUAGGCGCGGGACCACUAUCAAAGCCAGAAGACCCUCUCCAUGCACUCAGCCCGCUGGCUCACAAUUGCAACAACCACGCCACGGCCGCCCUCCUCCACACUCCCGUUACCAGUCCGAAGGCUGCAACUGCACGCGUGGGCCCUUCUCUCUCCACCCACACGCCCCCUUCGGACUCGGAGCCAGGAACCAUCAACUGGGGUUCCUUUAUGAACCCUCGUAUUGCCACACUAGGCUCUCCUCCCCACUCGGAUCCAGGUGUCUCGCCCAGUGCAAACAUUACCGCUCGUGAAUUAGCUCCUCCCCAAGCACAAAUCAUCGUCCCAACUCACGCGCCACUCCCCGAAGCACAGGGAAUGGCUACAUGGAUCGAGAUGGCCAAAAGCACAAUCAUUCACGAAUCUGGAUGUCUAGGCCUAGACUCUGUCAGAAUCCUUUCUCACGCCCUUCCUUGCCCUUCUACAGCGGGCCAUGUGUUUGGCGAUGUCAUUGCUUCGAUUCACGACGCUUCUUCGACACACACUUCAUGGAUCAAUGUAUUCCAUGCUCUCCCUGGACGCUACACCCUCCUUGACUUGCCCAAGUCACCCCCUUCAACACCAGGCCCUGCAGUCGGAGGUGAUUCGUACUUUACCAGCAAAGUCUUUGACAGUGCAGUCGCCAUACCCGACUACCAGCUCGAUUCGAAACUUUUGCCGCCAUCCCCUAGACCUGUAGUUCCCCCCGGGAGUAUCAACAUAUCAAUCGUCGAGAGAUACAUCCCGCCCACGAAUACGAACGAAUUUGCUGAAAUGUUUACAUUCCACGGCCGGUCCUUGUUGUACGACCGCUUGAUCGAACUCUCCAGUGAUAAUGGCAUUUUGCUCUUCAUCUACCCAACAAAGACAGGCGCAAAGACGUUUAUGAGACAGUACCUUGGACCCAUCCUCGAUCCGCUAUUGCGCUCUGUGACGGUAGUGCACGAGCUUCACUCGGAGCUGGGAAGAGAUAUAGGUCAGAUGGGCUCGGUCAACUACCUCGAUGUUUAUGAGCAUCUAGAACUCCAAGUGCGAAGAUUUUGUCAUGCAAUGAGUGAGCGGCACCUAAGGGCUGACAAAAAGGCGGCAUACCAAGUUAUUCAUGCCGCAAAAGAGGAUAUCUUCCUGGAAAGAUCAGCAUGGGCAGACGAUUGGUGGAUUAAACAAGAAAAGCCUCGUGUGCGAGACGUCAUCAUGAAGUACUUCAACAAAUCCAAGAAGCUUCCCAUGGGCGAAAUGAGCGCUGCCUCGCUCAUCCAGCAUGUCCUCGAUGGCGUGUCGAAACGAGAGUAUCAAGAUGGAGCGCCCACCAAGGGUGUUGAAGUGGGCGUCUUCAUAAUUAAGAAAACCAAAGUUACAACAACAGCAGACCAAUAA